GUGUAUUGGAUGGUGUGCAAAAAUAAAAGUGGACAAAUAUAGUGGGACGGAGGAAGUAAUUUUUUGAGCACGGCAUAGGCCGGUCAAAAAAAAUGUUGUACGAAUUAUUUUUUGCAGGAAAAACUUCUGAUUCAAGAAAUUAGAGAAUUAAUGAAGACUCGGAGGACUAGCAAUAAUAUCUACCGGUCAAGAAUUCAAAGUACGAAGACUGAAGAUCACACUCGGAUGACUUAUUUACUUUUUUAAGUUGAUGAUUCUCACAACUUAAAAAAGUGGAGGACUUCUUGAUGCGAAAUAAUACAUUGCUCGGCUCACAUUUCCCAAUUAUUUACAAAGAACAGUCAAACCGGACCUGUUUAAUAAAAUGGAGGAAUAAGAGAAUAUUCCCCGAAUAUGCUUCUCCUCUUUCCAUAUAAAAGGAGGGCUCCCCCUCAAUGUUAGGGGGGCUCUCUCAAUACACUCCUUUCCUGCCCACAAUACUCUCUCCCUAGAUUUUUAUAGUUUCUGUUCUUCAAUAUGCUUUUAAGCUUCCAUUAAUGGCUUCCGAGCCCGAUUCUUGUACCAUGUACACACCCCCAAUAUCAAUAAAAAUCUCCCUUUGGCUAGGUACCGCCAAAAAAGGCCUGUGGUUUCUCCUGAUUUGGGUUUCCACGUAAAAAUUCCCGUGUUUAUAUUUUGGUGUAUUUUUUAGACUAGUUUAUCAUUUUAGCUGGGCUAAAACGAUAACUGUUCCAUACAUAAAUCAUCCUCCAUAAACUGUUUAAUAACAUUGCAAUUGGGAGAGGAGAAGGUAUAUGGUACAACAUGAUGUACCGUACAUCCAGGUGGUUCAGCACUUCAGCCUACAGCAAUGGCGCUCGACCCCUCAGCUUUUGAAACCACAGUCCCUUCCCGCUACAUCACCUUCACGCUCCCAAACCCUCUCCUCCACCUCAACCACUUCACCGCCACCCUCCUCCGCAUAGCCGUCAUCGACUCCCCGUCCGGUGCCACCGCACAGACCACGAUCGCCGCCAUGCUCGUCCCUCCCUUCCGCGAAUCCGACUGGACCUUCUCCACGGAGUCCGGCCACCUCCAGCUCAUCCUCGCCUUCCCGCACCUCUCCCGCCUCGUACUCAUCGGGAACUGUCCCGAUUCCCCACGCGCCACCUCUCAUAAGCCCCCGUCGCCUACAGACGAUACCUCCGGGAUCGAAGAUGCCCUGAUGCCCCUGAUGAUCGCCCUGUGUCCCAAAGAGGCAUUUCGUAGAACAGGUGGCGGGCUUCCGCGAAUCCCUUUCCUGAACUACGAAGACAAAGUGAUCCAAAUUCGCGUAUUGGAAACUUGUUUCGGAAACCGUGUUGGAGAAAUCGCAGUGGAGGAUGUGGAGCUGGAAGCAGAGAACGGCAGCAGAGAGUUCCGGCGGAGGCUGAGGUUCAAGAGAACGCCGAAUUUAAUCCAAACUCAGAUAAGAAUCCACCCCGAAUCACUGGAUUUUGAAAACCUAGAAGCCAUGAAAUUCCAAACAGAUAAUAGGGUUUUGGUUCAUCCUUAUUUGACCCCAAUGGUUGCUGGGCUAUCAGUGAUUGCCUCGCAUUUGGAUGGGCUAAUACGAACUGGAAUCAGGCCAAAAGCAUUGUGCUUAGGGGUUGGAGGAGGGGCAUUGCUUAGUUUCUUGAACUCCCAGCUGGGUUUCGAAGUAGUAGGUGUUGAAGAGGACGAUCGCGUCUUGGAAAUGGCUAGAAAAUAUUUUGGCUUGGAAGAAGAUGGUGAAUCAAUUCGUUUAUGCGUAGGAGAUGGAAUGGAUAUGAUCAGAAAACUAUACACUGGGGCUGGAAAAAUUCAAAAUCAUGAUCUCUCAAAUGCAAAAGAUUUUGGUGUCAAAUUUGAUGCCAUUAUGGUUGAUCUCGACUCGGCUUGCGCUGGUGCAGGAACGAGUGCGCCUCCACCUGAGUUUGUUCAUAAACCUACACUCUCUGCAGCAAAGAGGCUUCUUUCCGAGCACGGGGUUAUUAUUGUCAAUGUCAUGCCUCUUUGCGAGCAAUUCUACGAAACGCUGAUGAGCAAGUUCCGAGAUGUUUUCGGGGAGUUGUACGAAAUAGACGUCGCGGACGAUGAGAAUGUUGUCGUGAUUGCUACCGCGUCGAAAAUUCGGAGAGAUUCGGGCGGUUCUGGGAAAUCUUUUCUCAGUAAGUUGGAUUGUGUGAUACAAGGGUCUUACUUGGGUUCUAUUAGGGCAGUCUCAAGUGUUGUAAGGUGAGUGAUGUGAGUAUUGGUGAAACUCUGCAGUUUUGUGAAGAUUUUGUUCCUAUUUCUCCUCAAGUACGGGUUGUGAAAGCCUAUGGUGUAUUCAGGUCCCGUUUGCUACAUGGAAUUCAAACUAUGGAAUUGGAAUUGAGGACUUCAAUUCCAAUUCUGGUGUUUGGUAGCUUAAAUAUUAUAUGGAUUUGGAAUUGAUAGUGCAAAAUAUAAAUUGGAAUUGGUG